AUGGAAAGAGCUUGCUUUUGUGGGGCUGAAUUGCCUAAGUUCAUCACUCAUAUUAAUUUGGUCUUAUUGCCUAAAAAGGAUAUUAUUAGUACCUUUUCAGACAUGAGGCCUAUUAGCUUGAGUAAUUUUGUGAAUAAGAUCUUUUCAAGAUUGAUUCAUGACAAGCUAGCAGAGGGAUUACCAUUUCUUAUUUCAUUAAAUCAGGUUGGAUUUGUAAAAGGAAAAAGUAUUGUGGAAAAUUUGUUGCUUACCCAAGAAAUAAUUGCUGACAUAAGAUUAAGGACCAAAACAACUAAUGUGGUUAUGAAAUUGGAUAUAGCUAAAGCCUAUGAUAAGGGUUUUUUCAAAUAUUCAAGGGUGAUUAAGCAAGGUGAUCCUUUAUCACCCACUUUAUUUAUUUUGGCUGCAGAGGUGUUGACAAGGAAUUUAAAUGCUUUGCAUCUUGUUCCCCAAUUUAGAGGUUUUGGCAUGCAAAAAUGGAGUCCCAAGAUUAACCAUUUGGCAUAUGCAGAUGAUAUGAUUAUUUUCUCCUCAGCUGAUGUGCUGUCUUUACAGUUAAUUAUGGAGGUGUUGGGGAAAUAUGAAAGAACAUCAGGGCAGAAGAUUAAUAAAGAAAAGAGUACUGUGUAUUUACAUCACAAUGUGACAGGGGAUAUCAGGGUGGCUGUUGAAGUAGCUACAGGAAUAGGAAGCAAGAACUUCUUUUUUACUUAUUUGGGAUGUCCAAUCUUUUAUAGCAGAAGGAGAAAGUCUACUUCAGUUCAAUUUUGGACUAGGGGCUUUGUAUUUGCUACAAGUGAUGAAGGGUAUGAUGAUAGGAUACAAAAUGUUAAUGAAAUGCUUUUAAACGGAGAUUGGGAUAUUGAUAGGCUGUCAGGAGUUACACCUAGUGAUAUAGUUCAGCAUAUUACUAGUACAAUACCCCCUUCCCGUAUGGAAAAGAACAUGGAUGCACCUUGGUGGUUACUAGGUACAAGAGGGCAUUUCUUAGUUAAAACUUGUUGGGAAUAUCUAAGAUUAAGGGGACAAAAGCAGGAGAUUUAUAAGUACAUUUGGAUUAAAGGAUUGCCUUUUAAGAUAUCCUUUUUUAUGUGGAGAUUUUGGAAGUUCAAGCUUCCUUUGGAUGAGGCCUUAAAGAAGAUCAAUAUUAGUUUGGCAUCUAGGUGCUGGUGCUGUACAAAUCCUAAGGAGGAAACAACACAACAUCUUUUUACUAAAUCUUAUGCUGCAAACAGAACAUAG